AUGACUUCUAAAGAAGGAGAAUAUGUACCCUUCGGUGAAGACUAUAUCAUAGAAGGACCCGUUGAAACCUAUCUAGCAAACUUUGAAACUCACAUGCGCAAACAAAUGCGGGAUAUUCUAGAAGUAGCAAAAGGCACUUCAGAAAACUGGGAGGUUGAGAAACCGAGAGAGGAAUGGCUGCGUGAUUACUGCAGCCAAGUCUGCUUGGUAGCGAGCCAGAUCAUGUGGACAGAAGAAGUUGCACGUUGCUUUGAAGAGCUUGAAGGGGGUUCAGAGAACGCAAUGAAAGAUUAUAAAAAAGUUUAUGAUGAUAGAAUUGAUAAACUUAUUCGACAAGUUCAACAAGACCUAGAUAGAAAUCUACGCAUCAAAAUCAUCACUCUCAUCACCAUCGAUGUACACCUCAGAGAUGUUGUAGAAAGCUUCAUCACCAAAAAAAUCACAGAAGGUUAG